AUGCUUGAGCUUAUCUCUCCGGAGCAGACUACGGCUCUCACAAAUGAAUACUAUAUCCUCCAUUUGCUCUACCAUAGAGGAAGAAACCAGCACAGACUUACAGUAUGGUGGAAAUACUUGAAUAUACUUCACCGAUACGUACGAAAGAUCAUAAAACUAGCUGUAGACAUAGCUAGAAUAAAGUCCAAGGCAAAGAAGGAACACAAACAAAAACAGAUAGUCGAUAUUAUCGUAUACUUGGAUCUGCGAAAGGUGUUCACCAAGGCAUACUAUGAAUUCAACGGUGUAAUAGCCCUUGGCCAGUUUAUAAACUUGGGAUUGACAUUGGUGGGCAAUUUGACAAAGAUAUGGGCAAUUUUGAUGCAAAAGAAGAAGAAAUCUUCUGCUACUUCGUCUCGUGUCACACUGGCUGAGCCAGAAAGAGAUUCUACCCCAAAUUCAACGUCUAAUAAGAGCAUUGACUCUAUGUCUAUGGAUGACAUCUUUGGUGAUACAAAGAAACCUAAGAAGAAAGAGAAGAAAAAGAAAAAGCUGGCAAAGAGUGCAAUGGAUGAUAUCUUUGGAUAG